AGAAACAGUUGCGUCUCGUUUUACAGCGAAGAGAGCGAAGGAGAUACAGAAAAACAGUGAAGGGGACAGAUUUUAAAGCGCAGUCUUCCCUCGGCGCACUUGCUUAUACGACACGAUUAGCUCUCUAUAUUAUAGUUGAUCUGCCAGCACCGUGGUGCAAAACUGCAGAUGCAAGCAUUCAAACAAGAUCCGCUCUGUUUCUGAGCCGAACAGGGCAUGCAGGCACAGGCAGUUUGACUAGCGAGAGUUUUGAAAGAGGAAGGAGGACGGAAGGAAGCAAAGAGGGAGGAGGAGGAGAAAAGAGCCGGAGAAAAGUUUGAAAGGAUACGCGAGACCGGAGACGUUGCCGGUUGGUCACCGUGAAGAAAGGCUAUUCAAAGCUGGUAUCGCGGGGAAAAUCUAUCCUCGGAUAAACAUACGAGGGUCUGUCGUUGGCCGCUGCCGGGUGGGGAGAGGGAUUGUAUUGAUAUUCGGCAGCUGCCGGGAACGCGCCUGAUUCCGUUUGCUGUUUGGGGAAUAGAUGCGCUGGGAAGCCACGAUGCGGAGCGAUCCCAUUUUGUUCGCUUCCAGGGCCAUGGAGGAGUUGGUGUGUGAGCUGCGUCUGUUCCUGGACCUGCUGGACAGGGAGUAUCUGAGCGCUGGGGUCAGGGAGAAGAAGAUGCUCAUCUCCAACAUCCUUCACAGGGUCCUCACCGCUAAAGAGCCCUCGUUCAAGUCAGAGGACCACAGCAGCCUUUCUGCACCCCCUCAGAUGCCACUCCCUGAGAUCCCACACCCCUGGCUUCCUCCAGACAACGGGCCUCCUCCUCUCCCCAGCUGCUCUCUCCCAGAGGGAUACUAUGAAGAGGCCGUCCCCCUCAGUCCUGGAAAAGCCCCAGAAUACAUCACUUCCAACUAUGAUUCUGACCAGAUGAGCAGUUCGUAUGAGUCGUAUGACGAGGAGGAGGAGGAUGGGAAGGGGAACAGAGGGAAGAAGAUGCGACACCAGUGGCCUAGCGAGGAGGCCUCCAUGGGUCUGGUCAAGGACGCACGCAUCUGUGCCUUCCUGUUGCGCAAGAAACGCUUCGGCCAGUGGACCAAGCUGCUCUGUGUCAUCAAGGACAACAAGCUGCUGUGCUACAAGUCAUCUAAAGACCAGACACCCCAGAUGGAGCUGCUGUUAUCAGGCUGUAGCAUCACACAUGUCCCCAAGGACGGCAAGAAGAAGAAACACGAGCUGAAGAUAGCCCACCAGGGAGCAGAUGCCCUGGUCCUGGCCGUGCAGAGCAAAGAGCAGGCUGAGGAGUGGCUCAAGGUGAUGAGGGAGGUGUGCAGUAAUGGCUGUGACUCAGAUGUAGCAGGGUCUCCUGUGCACAAGCCCGACCUGGAGAAGAAGGUGUUGUGUGAUAGGCCGAGCUCAGACGGAGAGCCGCCCAAUGAGAACGGACACACCGUCACCGACUGUAAGGACCAAGGUAAAGGGAAGAAGGACUCUCAGAAGAGUCAGAAGGGAGGCACGCUGAGUAAAGGGGCGGGGAAGAAGAUCACUAAGAUCAUUGGCUUAGGCAAGAAGAAGCCGUCCACUGACGAACAGACCUCUUCAGCCGAGGAGGACAUACCCACCUGUGGCUACCUGAACGUGCUGUCCAAUAACCGCUGGCGUGAGCGUUGGUGUCGUCUGAAGGACAACCAGCUGCUGCUUCAUAAGGACCGUACUGAUCUGAAGACCCACACGGCCAGCCUGCCCCUCAGAGGCUGCGAGGUCAGCCCCGGACUGGACUCCAAACACCCCUUCGCUUUCCGCCUGCUCCGCAACGGACAGGAGGUGGCUGUACUGGAGGCGUCCUCCUCAGAGGUCAUGGGUCGGUGGCUGGGGAUGCUGCUAGCUGAAACAGGCUCUAUCACAGACCCUGCAGCCUUACAUUACGAUUACAUAGAUGUAGAGACUACCGCAAACGUUAUCCAGCUGGCCAAGCAGUCCUUCUGCUUCACUAGUAAACGUGCUGUAUCUCCCAAACCUUAUCUGGACAACCCUGCCAACAGUUACGCAUGUCCCUCUGGAAUGGCACUGCACUAUGAUGAUGUGGCCAUCAAUGGAACGGACCCCGAGGCGCUAUACUCCAGCCCUGCCACCGGAGGGCGACGUCUGAGAGAGGAGGUGUUGUAUGAGAACACUGACCCCGACCUGUAUGAGAACAUGCCUUCGCCCAAGCUGGCUUCCCGCUACUCUCCCAAGCCCAGUCGCCUGGCAUCAUCCUCCUCCUCUUCCUCCAGCCACUACAAAACCCCUGGCCCUGUCAAAUCCAAACUCCUCUCCUCUUCCUCCGCUUCCUCGGCUAACACUAACACUAAAGCCGUUGCUCAGCUGAAGGGAAAAAAGGUCCCAGUGACCAAUGGGACAGCGUCUAAACAGAAGGUGGACAAGAACCAGGCCAAGAAGACCAAUGGAACAACCAAUGGAACAGCAUCUGUGAAACGCAACAAUUCCAGUGCAGAGCAGUAUAAGUAUGGUAAGAACCGUGUGGAGGCGGACGCCAAGAUGCUGCAGGCUAAAGAGGAAGAGCUAAUAAACAGAAAGCAGGACAUCAGGAACCGUCUGACCCAGCUGAAGAAGGACAGGAAAGACCUGCGCACCGCCAUGGAGGCCAACACCGCUAAGCGCUGCGCCGGGUCCCUGGCGGAGCGGCUGAAAAAGGUGGAGGACGAGUGCAAACUGAAGGAGGACGAGCGGGUGAGCCUGGAGCUGGAGAUGACAGAGGUCAAGGAGAGUCUGAAGAAGGCCCUGAACGGAGGAGUCACUCUGGGACUCACCAUCGAGCCCAAGUCUGGCACCUCCAGCCCACAGUCCCCAGUGUUGCUGAGGCGUACCCUAGAGAACUCUCCCAUCUCCAGCUGUGACACCAGCGACACAGAGAGCUGUUCUACUCUGCCCGUCAACAGUGCCUCCCUCCUCCGCAGAACGACCAAUCAGAAACCCUCGGCCGUACGCGGCCAUGUCCUCAAGAAGGCUAAGGAAUGGGAGAUGAAGACUGGCACAUGAGCAACAACUCUGUUCACAACAGUCCUAUCUUUUUAUUUGAAUGCGUGUAUAUAUUUAUUUAAAUCAGUUGGUAUGGGGAAGAAGGUUGAAGAGGAGUACACUACAAGCCAAACAGAGAGACGAUCAAGACAAUGCUGGUUUUGUUUUGUUGUCUACUUUAUUUCCUGGACAUAAAGAUCUAGCCGUCUUUCUCUAGCGUACCAUUGUGUAAUACCAUGUUAUAUUUCAACUACUACUCUGUUGUGUGCUUUUGUAAUCGCCCAAUCUUGUGUUUUUUUUGUUCGUUUUUGUUUUGCAGUCAUCCACUUUCAUACAGUCUCUUGUUGCCUGUUUCUCCAUCACAUAAAACAAUCAGGUUUCUACAACUCGUGGGGUUCCAAAAUCAAGUGCAUAUUUAUUUGUAAAUGUUUCUUAGGUAAAUACUUGCAUCCUUGUGAUUAUUUAUGUUGAUAAUAUUUAAUGCUUGUUGUAUUGUAUAGCUCCCUCUCUUUAGAACAGGAACUGCACUGUGCCACUAAUGUCCACCGCAUCUGGAUCCAGCCGUUUGUAUCACUGUUAGGCAAUCCAGAUGAUUUUCAAAUCAUCAAACCAGCAAUACACCUACAGUACUCCUAGUCCUUAGUGGUUGAUGCCUGGGAGUGGGCCUUUGGAAUGUGCCACUCAGUAAAGUGCGGGUCAGACUAAGGCGUGGCGGUGUUCUGGUGAGUUUGGCCACUGGCGUUGGAAAAGUCCUCAACCUCAAGUAAUGUAGCCUCUUGUAUUUACACUUCUACAUCCAGGAGCCUCGGGCCAGCUCUUUUAAUCAUGCCACUAGUGCACUGUAACACUGUGGUCUGGUCUCACUCUGUGUGUGUGUGUUAGUCUAUGUGUGUAUGUAUGCAUUAGUGUGUGUGUGUGUGUGUUUUAAAAUGUCUUGAGGCACAUUCCAACCCCAUCAUUAAUACACUGUUAGAAAUAGAGGCCUGUAUGGUCAGAAAUACUGUGUGUUCUCUGCUUCAACCAGAGACUGUAAUCUGGUUGUGGAUUCUUGAACUUCCAGCUGCUACUCUAGCAACACGUUUCAGCUCAUACACAUCACACACACAGGCACACACACACACACACA